AUGAAGAGCACCAAGGCUGUUAGCCAUGCCGUAUUUGUCAUGUUCAUCCUCUCUCUGAGUGCAAAAUGCUGGGGACAAGAAGACCUUGAUAUAGCUCCUAUGGAGAAAGCAGAGCAAGAAGCUCUAUACUCCACCAUUCAAGGCUUUGUUGGUGAUUCCUGGAAUGGCUCAGAUCUCUAUCCAGACCCUUGUGGUUGGACUCCAAUUCAGGGGGUCUCUUGUGAUCUGUUUAAUGGGUUUUGGUAUGUUACUGUCUUGAACAUUGGACCCGUCCAUGACAAUUCCCUCAGUUGUGCUCAAGAUUUGGAAUUUAGGCCGCAGCUAUUUGAGCUCAAGCACCUAAAAUCUCUAUCGUUCUUCAGUUGCUUUCAAUCACAAAACAGGUUUCCAACUACCAUUCCCGCUGGAAACUGGGAGAAACUGGCUGGAAGCUUAGGAUCACUGGAGUUUAGAUCAAAUCCAGGUCUCAUUGGAAACAUUCCCUCGGGUUUUGGUGUCCUCGAGAACCUCCAAUCACUAGUACUAUUAGAAAAUGGUGUAACAGGUGAAAUACCAUCAAGCAUUGGCAAUCUCAUCAAGUUGAAGAAGCUUGUUCUUGCUGGAAACUAUCUUAGCGGGAGGAUCCCAGAUGUUUUUGAUGGGUUGAAUGAGUUAUUAAUCUUUGAUUUAAGUAGUAAUUCAUUAUCUGGGUCUUUGCCUUUGACUCUUGGAAGCUUAACUUCAGCAUUGAAGCUUGAUGUGAGCCACAAUCACCUUGAAGGGAAUCUUCUAAAUGAGUUUGCUAAUCUUAAGAAUAUGACCCUUUUGGACCUUAGGAAUAACAAUUUCACUGGUGGAUUGACCUUGUCUUUGCAAGAGAUGCACUCCUUAGAGGAAUUGGUUGUGUCCAACAAUCCAAUAGGUGGAGAUAUCAGGGCCCUAAAGUGGGAAAACCUCAAGAACUUGGCAAUUUUGGAACUCUCUAACAUGGGGUUGACAGGAGAAAUUCCUCAGUCUGUAUCAGAAUUGAAGAGGCUGAGAUUUUUGGGACUUAGUGACAACAACCUCACAGGCAACCUGUCACCAAAACUGGAAACUCUUCCUUGUCUCAAUGCACUUUACCUAAGUGGAAACAAUAUCACGGGAGAGAUUAACUUCUCUAAAGAGUUUUUGAAAAAAAUGGGAAGGCGUUUUGGGGCCUGGAACAACCCUAACCUUUGCUACCAAGUUGGAGUAAUAUCAACAAACCAUGUUCCAUAUGGGGUAAAGCCAUGCCAGAAAGAGGUCAAUUUGUUAGAAUCUAAUUCAAAAACUGAGUUGAUCAAUGGGGAUAUGAAUGAGACCUUCCAUUUCAUAGCCUCUAUGGGAUUUUCUAGCUGUGCUACUAAUGGCUUCUGGUGGACUUUGAUGGAAGAAAUAUUGAUGAUGGACAGAGGGACAGGCGCAACUAUGAGGUUGAAUGACAGCUCAGAACUUCUCCGGCCAAAGCAUCAACCGCGUUUUCCAUACAAAGGCCUUGUUUUCAAUUUCUUCCCCAAAGGGCCAGGUUUUGGAUCUUUUCCCAGAACUGUAGGGCAAAAGGCAAUAAUAGAAGGCUCAAAGUCUUCCAAGUUGCCCUUGGGAAAACUCAGGCCUAAGGAAAAGAAUAAAGACUGA